AUGCUCGUCCUCCGACCUUCGAUUGCAAGCCUUCUUGUUGUCGCCGCCGUCGCGGAGGCUGCCAACUUGCGGCAGGGCCAACGCAAGUUGCAGACGUACACGUCGUCCGACGACUAUUUCUCUCUCAUGCUUGACCGAGUCAACCAAGCACGAGCUUCCGAGGGUCUACCCGCGCUGUGCACCAACAAGAAGCUCCAAGCGGCAGCCCAACGGCACUCCGACGACCAAGCCGCCAACGACUACAUGGACCACACGGGCACGGACGGGUCCAACAUCGAGCAGCGUAUCGCCGGUGAAGGCUUUGACUGGAGCGCUGUGGCCGAGAAUGUUGCCGCGGGCCAACCCGACGUGGAUGCUGUCAUGGAGGCGUGGAUGGCCUCUCCUGGUCACCGCGAAAACAUCCUCGGCGACUACACCAUGCUCGGCACUGCCUACGCGUACAACCCCGACACCACGUACCAGCACUAUUGGACGCAGGACUUCGGAACGGGGGACGCGGAGGAGUGCGAAGGUGGCGACGCGGCUCAAACUCAGGGUGACCACGUGAAAUACAACAGCAAGACCUACACCAAGCAAGGCGAAACCGAGGACAGUUGCUCCGGGUCGGAGGAGAAGGACACCGAGGCUCCCUGCACUGACGCCCCGAUCGUGGUGGUGGACCCGCCUCCGACAACUGAGACUCCGUACGAAGACAGCAAAACCGAGGCCAGUUGCUCCGGCUCACACGAGAACGAGACCGAGGGUCCAUACACAGACACCCCG